UUCCAGCAUGGCGCCCGUAAACAUUAUGAACACGGAAGUGCCUGGUCGUUUCCGGUUUUUCGGGCAGGGGGGGAUGAGGGCCCAGCGGCCUCAUCAACAAUUGCUUGAAAGGAUGUUAAGAUGGGAACCAGAUGUAGUUAUCGUCGUCCUUGGGGGAAACGAUAUCACUUCAAGGUGCCAGCCACGUGAUAUUAGUCUGGACAUCCUUAAGUUGUGUCGACUGGUGAAGGCCCGAGGUGUUGCAACCGUGGUGGUGGCCGGCAUUUGCCAGAGGUGGGCAUUUCGCGAUAACGCCCUUACAUCAGACCGCUUCACGGCCAUAGGCAGCGCUAUCAAUCGUUAUGUCAGGAGAUAUUUUCCGGUAUCAUUCAUGGUUCACGUGCGGGAGGAUGUCCACUGGCUUUCAGACGGCGUACAUCUAAGUGACGAAGGAAUGGCAGAAUUUAUGGAGAGUCUAAGGCUGAAGUUGGCCAAGAUUUUUAAACCUAAGGACUUAGUAUUGUAAACAAGGGCUGUUUGUAAAACAUGCAUGCCCCCCAUAUGGGCUCUCCGUUGUAGUGACAGCCAUUGUGUGAAUAUGUUUUUUGUCACUGUGACCUUGACCUUUGACCUAGUGACCUGAAAAUCAAUAGGGGUCAUCUGCCAGUCAUAAUCACUGUACCUAUAAAGUUUCAUGAUCCUAGC